AACUCCAAUCUGACCAGUGUCACCAGCCAAGAAGAAAACACGUACAUUCAACAUCGUCACGGCGGUGAUACAGGAUGGAUAGGACUACAAGACAUUGACAGUGAAGGAAACUUUACCUGGAUUGACGGUACCAAUGUUAACUUUACGUACUGGGCGAAGAACCAACCAAACGGUUACCCUGGAGACCAGGAUUGCGUCCAUACCCUGGGAUUACGUCAUGACUAUCACUGGAAUGACGUCACUUGUGGAUCCUGUCACUCAUACACUUGCAAAAGAGAUAUAAAUGAAUGUUCCGUGGUUGAUUCUUGCCAUCCUGACGCCUUUUGCACAAAUACAAUUGGAUCGUACAUCUGUCAGUGCAAUCCUGGUUAUAAUGGUGAUGGAAAAUCAUGCUCAGAUGUUGAUGAAUGCUCUUCAGCUGUUCAUACUUGUGAUGGCAACGCACAAUGCAUAAAUACAAAAGGAUCCUACACCUGCAAUUGUCACGUUGGCUUUAGCGGUGAUGGAAGGAAUUGUUCAGCAUCGGAUAUUCGUCUCGUUGGAUCAUCUAACAGGUACGAGGGACGUCUUGAAGUUUAUCACAAUGGCCAGUGGGGUACAGUCUGCGAUGAUGUCUGGGACCAAAACAGCAACGGUGGUACCGUCGCCUGCAGGCAGCUCGGGUUCAGUGGUGUCCAGUCCUACGACACCGAUAUAUUCGGCCAAGGGACUGGCAUUAUCUGGUUAGAUGAUGUCACGUGCACUGGUACCGAACAACGAAUACAAGACUGUCCCCAUCUUAUCAUACCAAAUGGAGUUCUGUAUUGCAGUCACUCUGAAGAUGUAGGCAUAAUAUGCAUUCCAUGAGGGAACUGUUACCGUGGGUUUCCUGUGUUAUGAUUUGUUUGAGCAUGCGUGGUCUCAGUAUUUUCGAGGCGGACACGAGGCCACAAUUUCGAGUCUAGAAAACUGCUUCAAGAUUUUAUUAAAAUAGUGUAAGACAGCCGCCGUGUAGUAAUUAACGCCAUUGAAAUUGGAUAUAUAAAUAAAACACUUGAAAUCACAAUUCUAA